GGUGUCACCAACAUUAGAAUAUAAUAAUUUAUAAAAUAAACAUUCAAAAUCAAAAUAAAAAACAGUUAUGGACUCAGGGUUCAGAGUUCAAAUUAAACUAGUAAAAACUUCUGGGUGUAGAGUAUAGAUCCUGCAAAAUAUAAGCAAAUAUGGCUUUAAAAGGACUUAAAGUACUAGAAUUUUCUGGGUUGUUACCAGUUCCUUAUUGUGGUAUGGUUCUGGCCGAGUUUGGAGCAUCUGUAAUUCGAAUAGAUAGGAUUGGAUAUAAUACAGAUCUGGAUUGUUUAGGAAAUGGAAAAAAAUCAAUAAGUCUUAAUUUAAAACAUUCCAAUGCUAUCAAUAUAAUUAAAUCCCUAUCAAGAGAAUCUGAUGUAUUAAUUGAACCUUUCAGAAAAGGAAUUAUGGAAAAGCUAGGUUUAGGACCAAAGGUAUUAAUGAAGGAGAAUCCCAGGUUGAUAUAUGCUAGACUCACAGGGUAUGGCCAAAAUGGAAGCUUGAGUUCAAAUGCUGGCCAUGACAUAAACUACGUGGCUUUAUCAGGUCUACUGUCUUUAUUUGGUAGAUAUGGAGAAAAUCCUCUUCCUCCUGUAAAUGUACUUGCCGAUAUUGGAGGUGGAGGCCUCACAUGUGCCUUGGGUAUUCUAUUAGCACUAAUAGAAAGAAGCACUUCCGGUAAAGGUCAAAUUGUUGACACAUCCAUGGUUGAAGGUACUGCGUAUUUGGGAACUUGGUUUUAUAGAGGGAAAAAUACUCUUCCUAUCUGGGGCCAGGGAAGAGGUCAAAACGUACUGGACAGUGGAACUCACUUUUAUGAAGUAUAUAAGACUAAAGAUGGAAGAUACAUGUCUGUUGGAGCACUUGAACCUCAAUUCUAUGAUGUACUAAUUGCAGGUUUGGGAUUGACACUUGAAGAAGUCCCUCAUUAUGGUGAUUUUGAAGAGCUGAAGAAAAUUUUUACUAAGAAAUUUGCAGAAAAAACCAGAGAUGAAUGGUGCAAAAUAUUUGACUCCACUGAUGCUUGUGUAGCGCCUGUUUUAACUUUAGAGGAAGCACCAACACAUCCGCACAAUAUCGAACAGAAAACUUUUACCAAGACUGAAGAUUUCUACAGCCCAAAUCCUCAUCCUAAACUUAGUAGAACACCAGGAGAAUCCCAUUCCACCAAGCCAUUACCAAGAACUGGAGAGCAUACCAAAGAAGUUUUACGCAAUUUAGGUUAUUCGCUUGAAUCUAUAGAUGAUUUGGAAGCUGAAGAGAUUAUUCAAUGUCACAGAAAUUCCAAGCUGUAAAGUUAACAAACUUUCUUUUUAGUUAGUUUAGGUUACGUUAGAUAUGUACAGGGUUCCAGAAUUACGGAAUGGGUAUAAUGAGUGAAGGUAUACAAUAAGCCGAUUGGGUGCCGGCUGAUUUAUAUUAAACUGCUCCCGGAAAAAAAUUCUGCAAUUAUGCAAGCGUUCCAUUCAUUUGUCUUGCAUUUUAUAAUAUAAACAUGUUCAAUUGCUAAUUCUAUUAACGCACAAUCAGUGUAUAAGUCACGUUUGAAUUUAAUAUUCAGCAUCGUGUGAAGAACUUUAUGCAUCGCGCUAAAAUUUAACAUAUAUGGCUAAAAAAGGUUUCUACAACUAAGACUUUCUACAAGUCAUAUUUUUUUUGAGUUCACAGCGCCUUAAUGGGUGAAGGAUGAUAUUUGUUAGACCACCAGAUGUCAGUACGUAUUGGACUGGCUGAAAAUAAAGAAAAUGUUACGGAUACAUGUAAAGGGCUGUAUUAAGCUAGAAUUAGUUUUAAAUAUUUUUAAAUAUUUUUUACACAAGAAAGCUCUGAAAUUAGUAUUUCCACCACCAGAGAAAAACC